GCUAGUGAGCCUGUGCUAGUGAGCCUGGUGAGCGGCUGGCAGCCCGCUAGACGCUUCAAUGCGUGGCGGCGUGCGAGGGACGUGUGCAUGCUGGUGGACCUGCGCCUCACCUGCGACCCCGAUGGAUCCCUGGUGGCGCUGCAGCUGUCUCAGGACGACAUCGGGGGCUCGCUCACUAAUGACAUCGGCAAGCUCACCUCCCUCACCUCGCUUCACCUGGACGGCAAUCGCCUCACGGGCACCCUCCCUUGGUCCCUGGGCAGUCUCACCAACCUGCAGCUCCUCAAUGUGGGCGGCAACGAGUUCAAAGGCAUCCUGCCCGAAUCCAUCUCCAACCUGAAGCACCUGCACACCCUCCGUUUAGAGCGCAACCACUUCGAGGGCACCAUCCCUUCCAACCUCACGGCACUCUCCAAGCUCAACUUCUUCAUUGCCAACAACAACACUUUCUCCGGCCCGCUGCCGGCCUUCUUUGGCAACAUGACCCACCUGCAGCAGCUCAAGCUCUACUCCAACCACAUGGGCGGCUCGCUGCCCGAAUCCUACUCGCAGCUCAAGAACCUCACCCACCUCCAUCUCAUGGACAUGGGUCUCUCAGGCCCCAUCCCCGACUCCUGGGGCCACAUGAACAGCCUGCAGUACUUCCAUUUGAGUCGCAACAACCUCUCAGGCGACCUUCCUCUCUCGUUGGGGCAACUCACUAACCUGGUUGAGUUGUCGCUGGACCACAACCGCCUCCUGGGGGGCAAGCUGCCGCCCUGCUGGGCCACCAUUCAGUCCCUUGGCACUCUCUCACUCCUAACCGACAAUCUGCGCUGCCCCACGCGUCCUGUCGACUCCUGCUGCCCCGGCAGGCUGCAGAGCGAUCUGCCCUUCUGCUCCUACAUCUGCCCCGCCUUCUGUCAAGGCUGCCAGCCAUCCCCUCUGUCCACUGGAGGCAUCAUUGGCAUUGUGGUGGGGUGUGUGGUGCUGGUGGUGGCGGCCCUGCUGGCGCUGCUAUACAUCUGGUACUACUCGUGGGGGCCCGGCAGCCGCAAGGCGUGGGAGCGGGAGCUGCAGCAGGGCUUUAGGAAGUACACGUGGAGGGAGGUGAUGGACGCCACCAACCACCUCAGCCCCGACAACCUUCUAGGGAAGGGAGGCUUCGGGUCGGUGUACUGGGGUGUGAUUGGCGGGUCGCAGCAGCACGGUUGGAGUGGGAAGCUGUGGAAGAGAGCCGAUGCCAGCAGCAUAAGAGCAGGCAGCAGCAUGAGUGGGGGCAGCGGCACGAAAGCAGGUAGCGGCAUGAGUGGAGGGAGCAGCACGAGUGGGAGCAGUGCUGCUUUCGUUGAAGCCCCCAGCGCACAUGGUGCUGGGGUGGGCGGCACUGCUGCGAGGGUGGGCGGCAGGAGUGGUGGGGUGGGUAGUAUGGAGGUGGCCUUCAAGCGCGCAGCUGCUGUGGAGCGAUCGACCAGCGUUGCCACCAUGUUCGAGGAGGAGGUGAAGGCAGUGUCCAAGUUGAGCCACAAGAACCUCGUGCGCCUCCUUGGCUACUGCAACGAGAACGAUGAGCAGAUCUUGGUGUACGAGUUUGUGCGCAAUGGGUGUCUGGGCGACCAUCUGUACGCGCGCUUCAAGGGCCACCUGCUGACCUUUGAGGAGCGGCUGGACGCCGCCUUGGGGCUGGCGGAGGGGCUCAAGUACCUGCACUGCCACGCGGAGAAGCCCAUCGUGCACCGCGACAUCAAGCCCUGCAACGUGCUGCUCACUGAGGACUACCAGGUGAAGAUAGCUGACUUCGGGUUGCUGCGUUUGCUAAAAGAGGGGACAGAGAAGGAGGGUGCUUACACGCGCGUGGCAGGCACCAGGGGGUACCUGGACCCCGAGUACAUGACGUGCGAGAAGGUCUCCACUGCCAGCGAUGUGUACAGCUACGGCGUGCUGCUGUUGGAGAUGGUGACGGGGCGGCCAGCCACAGACAAGGACCCGGAAGACCCGAGCUACCUCAUCCACAUCACCACAUGGACCGUGCCCUACAUCGAGCGCGGGGAGGUCCGCGUGAUCGCAGACGCGCGCAUCGCCUCGCCGCUCAACCUGCCCUUCCUGCAGCAGAUGGCCCGCACCGCCGCCCACUGUGUGCAGCUGCCGUCCGCACGCCGCCCGGACAUGGCUGAGGUGGCGCGCAUCAUGCUGGACGCCCGCCGCGGCUUCCAUGCUGCUGCUGCCGCUGCCGCUGCCGGCGCUGCCGCCCUGGCUGCUGCUGGUGGGGUGGGCGUGCAGGGGGGUGGACAGGGAGGGGUGGGGGGAGCAACAGCAGGAGGAGGAGCAGGGCAUGUCUCGAGGGGAAUGACAGGUGGUGCAAGAGCACUGGUUGAGAAGGGCGACCCACAAGGAGGGGAGGUGGGGAGGAGUGGGAGUGGCAGGAGGGGGAGUGGACGCUUGGGUGACAGCAUUACAGCAAUGGCCAGUGAGAGCAUGAGGAGGUGGGUGCAGUACUUUGCAGGGGGUGGAGGAGAGAGGAGUCGGAGAGACACUGAGAGCUUUGAGCAGAUCAUGCAUAGCGGUAUGCUGGAGAGCUCAGAGGGGGGAUGGAUGGGUGCAGUACAGUCAGAGAAUAUGUGUGCAGUUACAAGCAACACAGUUAAUGGCAGAGCUGCUUAUGGAAAUGGAGACAUGGCUUAACGAGGUUAACCAUAGGUUCAUGGCCAUGCAGAGCAGGGAUUAGAGUUGUCGUCGGCAGACUCCUGCACGCAUUGAUAAUGGAUCAUGAACUCUCUUGUGUAAAGUAUAUUACCGUAAUAUAAUCAUUCUUCCUUA